GGCCUGCUGAUCCGCGGCGUGAGCGCGUCAGCGCCGCGGGGCGCCGCCAUCGCCAUCGGGGAGGUCACCACCUACGACCACACCAAGAGUAUCCUGAGGAAGCACUGGCCAGGCGCGAGUGUGGCGGAAGGGCAGCGCGAGCCCUUCAUGCUCCACGUGGCGACCUCGCUGAUCACAGGGGUGGUGGCCACCACCGUGGCGGCGCCCUUCGACAAGCUGAAGAGCUGCGUCAUGGCGGACGACGGCUCCCGAUUUCCUCGCGGGUUCAUGGAUGCUCUGCGCUUCACGCUGCGCGAGGAGGGGGCGGCCAGCCUCUUCCGUGGGUGGUGGCCCGCCUACUGCCGUCUCGGUCCGCACGCCAUCCUCACCUUCCCGUUGCUGGAGCAGGUGCGGAAGGCCUUGGGCCUCGAGUACCUCUGAGCCGAUUCGACCGCGAAGCGGAGCCGAUUUCGCUCUGAGCGAAGCCAUGGUUUGCCUUGGGAGGGAAGAGAUCUACCG